AUGAGCACUUCUGAAGAUGGCCUUAGCCAUGACGUUCCUCACCUUGAACCCAUCGACCGAGCUGUCGAGAAGAGACUCAUCCGCAAAUGUGACCUCCAUGUUAUCCCAGUGCUUUCCUUGCUCUAUUCAUUGGCUUUCAUCGACCGAAUCAACAUUGGUAAUGCACGUCUUCAGGGCCUGGAAAAGGACCUCAAGAUGAAAGGCCAAGAUUACAACGUUGCUCUUUUCGUCUUCUUUAUACCUUACAUCCUAUUCGAAGUGCCCAGCAAUCUCUUGAUCAGGAAGAUCGCGCCCUCGACGUGGUUGAGUUCUAUCAUGAUACUUUGGGGCAUUGUGACUGUUUGCAUGGGGGUCACCCAGAGUUACGCUGGCCUCGUUGUGUGCAGAUUCUUUCUCGGGCUGUGUGAAGCUGGCUUCUUCCCGGGGUGUAUGUACCUGAUGUCGAUGUACUACCGCCGAUACGAACUGCAAUGGAGGUUCAAUUUGUUCUUCUCUGCCGUCAUCUUGGCAGGGGCAUGGAGCGGGCUUCUCGCAUACGCUUUAGCGAAAAUGGCUGGGAUCGGUGGCUACGAUGGCUGGCGCUGGAUCUUCAUCAUCGAAGGCCUCGCCACUUUCCUCUUCGCCGUCGUUUCCAGAUUCUUCAUCGUCGAUUGGCCUGAAACAGCCAAGUUCCUCAGCGCCGAAGAGCGGCAGUUGCUCAUCCGUCGUUUGAGCGAAGAUGCGGCAGAUGCUAGAAUGGACCGAUUGGACAGCAAAGCCAGGCGGCGUGCCUUUGGUGACUGGAAGAUUUACAUAGGAAUUCUGAUGUAUCUCGGAGUCAAUAAUACGGGCUACAGCACUUCCUUCUUCACUCCAACAAUUCUCAGCGAAUUGGGCUGGACUGCCGUCCGUGCACAAGUCCUUUCGAUCCCGAUCUACAUUGUUGCCGCAGUGACGUGUCUCAUGUCCGCCCUCCUGACGGACCGUCUCCGCCAUCGCUAUGCUUUCGCCAUGCUCGGCGUUGUAACCGCGAGCAUUGGAUACAUCAUCCUUCUCGCGCAAGAGUCCGUCUCGGUCGGCACUCGCUACUUCGCCGUCUAUCUCGUCAUGGCUGGUGGCUACAUCACUCAGCCCAUCACUCUGGUAUGGUUGAGCAAUAACAUGGGCGGCCACUACAAACGGAGCAUCAACGCGGCCAUGCAGAUUGGUUUCGGCAACUUCGGCGGCAUCAUCGCCAGCAACAUAUACGUAACGAACCAGAGACCUCGAUACCCGGUCGGUUAUGGAGUUUCACUGGCACUGAUCUGGAUGUGUGGAAUCGCUUGCACAGUCUUUGCCAUUGGUCUGAGACUUGAAAACCAGAGGAGGGAGAGAGGCGAGAGAGAUGCCAGGCUGAGUCUACCCAGAGAGGAGGUAGAAAACCUUGGCGAUGACCAUCCUAAUUUUCGAUUCACCUACUAG